UGGGAUUCGAGCGCUGCGGCAGGGCGGGCGCUUGCAGUAGGCGUUCCACUGCCUGGCGGUGGCUGAGGUGUGCUUUCAUUUGGUGGAAGGUUGGAUGUUUAAAUGGCCUCAGAAGGGCAAAGUGAGGAUGCUGAGUGUCCAUCUGAGCUUCCUACGGCUCCUAUUGGGAGUAACAGCAGGUUUCGAUGGGGAGAUAUACUUGCUGCAGUGAAAGAUCAGCUCCCAUCUCUGGACUCUGACACUUCUACAUCUGACUGUGACAGUGAUGGGGAGCUUUUCAUCUUCCAGCGAGAGCAACCCAACUUAAUUCCUGACCUGUCAGAUGAGCUACUGGAAUUUUCCCUGGAAGACUCAGACGUGCAGAAAACACAGGAAAAGAAAUGGAAUGGAGAUCUGAAGAGUCUUGGCCAUCAGGAACAAACAGAUGGUGCUCAAGUCAUUUCAAAAGAAUAUGUUCAAGUGAUUAAAGAUGAGGCUUCCAAUCUUUCCAGCCAUACUGAAGAAAUUCCAAGCCAAAUGGAAGCUGUUCUUGAAGAGUCUCUUGCAGAUUCCACAGAUGGCCUUGAAGAGGAAGAACCAGGAAGGCAACAAGCCAGGGAAAAAGGGAACUCUUGCCUUAAUAUAUCAUUGUUAUUGGAGGAACUGUGCAGUAAAAAAGAGAGAAGAAAGCUGAUAGAGACAAAGAUACUCUCAAAAAUAUUUCUAGAGCCAUCACCAGGCCACCCUGAGCUAAAUAAUAAUCCUCCCUCACAUGGCAUGAGCAGAAGUCUGGAAAGAAGUGCUAAAGAAGAAACUUCUGCAGCUGGCCAUCUUCAGGAACUAACCCAUCUGUCACUGCAGAAUAUCGAGAACUGGGAUCUAGACAAGACUUCUGCAGAGCUGAAGCAGCAGAAAAAUACACAUAACACUCAUGCAGAAAUUGCCUUCUCCUCAACAGAUUAUGAGACCUUCAGAGGUAGAUCUGAAAAGCAGCUCAUGGAAAAAUUAGAAGAGCUGUGUGACAGGCAAUCCAGGACACUGUCUUCACGCUGCAGGUGGCCAUCAGCCAAAAUCUCCAUUCAAGAAGAACAAGAGAACAAGAAGGAUGUUGCCUUCCUCUCAUCUUCACCAAGUUCUCUGAGGAUGGACGCAGUGAGAUUGCAGUGCCUGCCAGAGCCUCAAACUGUGUACAUGGAUUUAACAGAUGCUGAACCACAGAAGUUGGUAACGUUCCCUGAUGAGAAACAGAGUGCAGGUGACAGCUCCACUGAUGAAGAUGAGACUGUGACUGUUAUGGACCAAGAAGAGAGGAAAAUCAGGAAGAAUUGGUCAGGGAAAUGUCAGCUACUGCAACAACUCCAUGGAGCCCAUAAAGAGGCCUCAGAGGUUCUUCACAAAGCAUCUGCCCCAGCUGGAAGAUUCAAGGGCACAAAACAGCAUCCAGAAAGUCUGGAAGAGAUGGAUGCCUUUAAAGUCAGUCAAAAUCAAAAUUUUAAAGUGAGAGAAGGGAUGAAUGAGGUCAUUACCAGGAAACUGGUGAGGCUGGAGCCAGAGAAAAGAAAUUCUUCCUCGUCAAGCCAGAGAGACAAUGGAACUGAUAUAGGAACAAGAAAUAUAAUGAAAGCUGAGAAGGUUCAACAUUCAGGAAAUGCUUCAGAAUCUUCUCUACGUACAAAAGAAUUUCCAAGGACAGAAGACAGUAACAGAAAGCUAUCCCAAAAGGAAGAACAGAUGAAAGAGAAACACGUGAGAUGCAGAUUCCAGGAGCAGCUGGAGAGAUGGCAGCCUCAGUCAGUUUCUGGAAAGCAGCCCAUGGCAGAGAAAGCACCUGUUCUGUUCCACAUGGAAAGCUCUUAUCUGCCAGUUGUUGACAGGUUGCCCGGACUGGACAGUAUGAGAGAUGAAGAGCUGCUGCUGACAGCUUGGCUGCGGAGCUGUGGCCGGGUACCCGCAGAUGAGAGCAGUGGGGGCAGGCAUAGCACUGCACUGAGAGCAGCUGCCUUCUACCGUGCCCUCGUGACAUGGCUUCUGUCCCUGGUACCUCCUGUGAAAAUGAAAGGUGGACCCGAGGCUCCAUUUCAGGCAGAAUGUCUACAGCAGACCUGGCAAGAGGACGGAUUGGCCCUGUCUGCUUGUGUAAUGCCAACAGAUGAAUCUCCAACCCAGGACUUGAUGCUGAUUAAAGAAAGGUUAAAGAAGAUUAAAACUAAAGAAGAUCCCCAAGAAAAGUCCAUUUUUUACCAGAGGAUUUCUGAAUUUCUAUCCCUUAUAUGGCUUCCAGAUGUUACCUGGUGGAGAGCAGAACUGUGCAGUUGUUUCCAAAGCCACCUAUAUCCACUUCUUCCUGAAAUUCCCUCUGCCCUGCUCAGUUACAUCCCUACUGUUAAUCCUGAUCCUCAGGUUGCCAUGGUGUUGCCGUUGGAAGCUCUCUCCCAAAGAUCCCUAGCUGCCCAUCACGUGUUGCAGCUGGUGCUCAGCUCUGGGCUGGAUACCUGUGGACUCCACCUGCUGUGCUCUCAGCGUGAUGUGCUGCUCUCUAGCUCAGGAAAACUGCCUUCUUCCUAUGCUUCAGAGACUGACAAGGUGCUGGCAUUAGGGGUGAGAGGGCCUAAAGGAGUUAGCACCAUGCAGAAUAUCACUGGGCCACCUGACCCGCAGCUGGCUGGCAUGACAGACUGCAGUUCCAUCAGUGCCAUCUACUGCAUGAGCCACACAGAGCCUCUUGUCCACCUGCCCCAGCAGGACAGCUGUGUGCACAGGGAGCUGUGCCUCUGGUUUGGAGGGAGGGCUGCUGAUGCAGCACUGCAUGGUGGUAUCCUGGAUCCGACUCCCAGAUACAACAGAACAAGCAGAAGAGAGAUGCAUGCAUCAGGGAAAAGGAGUGGGGGAAAGGAGAAAAGCUUCUGUUCAGCUCUGAAGUCAGCACUCAGCAGCCCUUUCACAUUGUCCACAGCUGCAGGAAAGCAGAGGGAAGCUGGAUCUCAGAGUCCUUCAUCAACUAGAGAAGAAGCAGAUGAGGAAAAGGUUUAUCUCCAGGGCAUGGUGCAGCCUCAGCCUCCAGCAAUGCUUGUCUCACCUACCAACGGUCUGCAGCAGCUUCUCCUUGAGAUGGAAAGAUGCACCCAUGCAGAGCAUGCAGAACAAAUAUGCUGCUCCACCCAUCAGAUGUAUACACUUCAUCUCAGGGACAUCAUUUUGACAGUGUCACCUCUGGUACCUCCUCAUGCCUAUGGUUACAUGAUUGCAGUCUGUACUCGUCGAGGGUUUGCUCUGCAAGGAAUCAGACAGCUGCAGCUUUCACACAAGCAAGCCAUUGUGCUGAGCAUGACAACAAGUCAGACUGCUCUAUUUUGCCCUGGCAAGAUUUCUAGUUUUCCUGAGAGCAGUUCUGCAAGAGGAGAGCUUUCUGCUGAGCCACACGUGCACUGUCUUGUCUUGUUGCUGAGAAAGGAGGAUGCUAGUCAUCAUAUUCUUGCAUUGAUAAAAGGACUGAUGAAUGAACUGGCACAGCAAGGCCUCCUUGGCAACAGGCAGAGCAGCUUGCCUGCCACAGCCAGGCUGGACUCCUCCAUGUGCUUCCAUGUGGCUCCUUACACUGAGGACUUGCUGCAGAUGCUGGGAGGAAACUUCAGUGCAGUUCCAGACCCGUGUAACAUUCCUCUGGAUUUUUUCUGCAACCGAAGAUUUGCUUCCGAUCCUGAAAUGGAGCAAGUAGUCCUGCUGACACUGGUUGGGACGGAUGCUAUGGGCAGUGCUGGAGAACUCCUUUGCCAGAUCCUUCUUCCUGGGAGCAGUAGUCAGCAUCAGAAUGCAGAAGGACCUGAUUCAGGGUUUGAGCUUCUAGGUCUCAAGUGGUUGCCCCGUCUCACUCGGCGUCAGGCAAAAGAAGUAACCCCUUUUGAGGUUGGAGAUGCUUCUUGGCGGAGAAGCCUUGACACACUGAUGUCUAAUCCAGUCCUUGUGUGUGCCUUACGGCGGAUCAAUGCCUUCCAAGCCCUUGAAGAUGCAUUAAAGAGAUUAACACAGUGCAGGGAGGAGCUAAGCGAAAGUGACAGUGCUCUGCAGAGAGUAAUGGCCUUGACCCCAGAGGUAGCGUUCAGACAAGCCGUCCUUUUCUUCACAGAGAAGGAUCUGGUAGCUGAUCCAGAACACCGUCCUGCUGCCAAAUACCUGCCACCACCUGGCAAGACAUCCAGGGCUGGAGUGGAAGAGACCCAGAGAUGCCAUGCAGAAUCACUGUUUGCCUACUUGCACGCAGGAGCCCAGAUCCUCUGCACGGUGCUGCUGAUCAAACCUGGUGCCUGGAGCCAUCAUCUUGCAAGGAUCCUCCGAAAGCUUGACCUAGAAAAAUUCACUGUGGUUGGGAUGAAACACGUACAGCUGGAGCCAGACAUCGCCUUAGGACUCCUUUCUUCUGAAACAAAACAGGAUCCUGCUGUUCUAGAAGCUCACUGUACCUACCUUACCUCAGGCACUUCUCUUGUGCUGUGUCUUCAGAGACCAAAUGCUGUGAAGAAAUUGAUCGACAUUCUAGGGCCAGAGGACCCUCAAGUAGCCCAAGCACUAAAUCCAUGCUUCUGGAGGGCUCAGUAUGGCCUCAGCACUGUCCAAAAUGGAUUUUAUGGCUCCAAAUCCUACCAAAUAUCCGUGCGGGAUAUGAAGCUGUUUUUCCCAGAAGGUCUGUGCUGCGCCGAGUGUCAGACACUGCAGGAGGAAGAGAUCUAUAACCUGAAAUGUGACCCCAUAGUCAGUGUGGAAAUCAGCAAGCAGCGCAAAAUCAUAAAACGUGGCACAGGAGGGCAGCUCAGUUUGCUGGGCUCUGGGCAACCACGCAAUCUUGAUCGGCCGCUCGGUAACCUCUGCCAAACCACCUGCCUCAUCCUGCCGGCGAUGAUCCUGCGGGGCUCAGACCCCCCUUAUGUUGAACUGCUCCAUCAGCUCACGGGCAAAGGUUUCACGGUGACUGGAGUGCGCCUCACUGUGCUGGAUGCACCACAGGCUCACUGCAUCUCAGAGAUCCUGAGCAGAGCCAAGUGCGGGGUGGCAGCAAAGUGCUCCCUCUUAAUGGAUGGUUUGUGCCUGGUGGUAGCAGCAGAGCGAGACAGCGCAGUCAUUGGCUUCGACUCCCUGCUGGACAGUGUGCGCUGGCAGAAGCAGUCGGUGCUGGACGUGGCGCAGCAUCUCCUCUAUCCUCAAAAUGAGAAACAGGCUGAAGAGCUGCUCUGUUGUCUUUUUGACUCCCUGACAUCUGACAGCACCUUCCGCAUUGAAUCCCAGAGCUGCUAGCUGCUGGUCACAGCCCCCAGGUAGCCCGUGGGCCAGUGAUAUUGCAGGGGGUGUCUGUGCAGGUGGGCACAAAGCUGCUUCCAGCCUCCAGGAGCACCAGCUCCUGUUUGUCAUUAUAAUAAAUUCUGAAGCAUCCUGUUAGAUGAAUGAGCGUGGUGAAGGAUCAGCGCCCAGGAACAAAUCCUCCUGAACUGCAGCAUAAUUUCUAAUGGAGUGCAUUCAUGAUCUGCUUGUGUUCAUGGAGGAUUCGUCAGACUGGGUUAAAAAUCAGGAGGUAAACACGGGGGCAGAGGUUCUCUGCUGUCUCACUCUCGAGCACAUCGAGACUCCAUGUUCUGAUGCUACUGUCGCCUUUGAACUGAAGACAGAACCCCAGUAAAUGGCAUGCAGAUAAAAGGAGGGAGAUGGGCUCCCCUGGGAGCUGAGCGUUGAGGGAGGCUGGAAGCUGGGCAGCCCAGCAUUCACGUGUCCUGCUCCCUGGCCCUGCUGCCAGCUGUGUGCCCACCCAGCUGCCCAGGCUGCCUGCUGGGGCCGUGCAUCCCCUGGAGAGAAGCUGUGGGCUCUGUGUGCCAGCUGUCCCCAUCCCUUGGGGUCCCAGGAGCUGCUGUGACCCAAGGGCUGUGCAGCUCCUGCAGCUCAGUAAGUAGGUCAUCUUGCUGCACUCCAGCGCGCUUCUGUCGUGCCUGCGAGCCACACACGGCUUUGAAACAAAUGAGAAUGAAAAGGAUGCUGAGGUGAACCCCAUCUGCAAACACAGUGGGAGCCGUGCCUCAGUUUCCCAGUCGUGAAUCUGCCUCACGCCUCGGACACCACAACAGAAACAGGGCAGCACCGGGUGCUUUGGGAGCAUCCCCAGUCCUUAUUGUAACGCCCGGCUAAUGAGGCUCGGCAGGAUGCACAGAGCAGGGAAAACAUCAUCCUCCAGUAUUUCCAAAAUGCUGGCAUCCCAUCAUGGGCUCAGCAGCCGUUCCUGAGCACCCUUCUGCUCUCUGGAGAGCUGCAGGGCCCCAUCCUGCUGCCCAGUGCCACAAACAGCUGCAGCUCAGCCGUCCUUCCUGCAAACCGCCCCAGGGCCACCAGGAUCUGCUCCUCGGAGCUGAGGAGUGAAUUAAGGAUGGCUGGAAUGAGGAGAAAGGCAGAUCCGAUUGGAGAUUGCCAGCUUUGCAGCUGGCUCCUACUUGCAAACAAUCCAUUUAGCUUAUGAAAGCAAGGAAUUGAGUACAAAACCCCCUAGAUUGUUUGCUUCCUAGAGAAAGAAAAGAAAAGAAAUGGAAUUUAGAUUAAAAAUUAUGCAGAAUAGCAUUAAUUCCCCACCCUCCCGUGCCUCCCCUCUAGCUGGAAAACCAGAGCUCAUCAGAAUUUGGCAUUGUUCCGCUGCCAGCAUGGAGCUGCCUCAAUGGAGGAGAUAACAUACAGGAGGUGGCACUCGCUGUUAACUCCUUCGGGCCCUGCAGGGCCGUGUCCCCUCCCCACCCUGCACCGGCUGUGGGGAAGCAGAGCUCUCACCUUGUCUCCUUCCAUCCUAUCUAUUCCCACAAAGCUGAUGUCCCCGUGCACCAGGCCUGGUUUGUGGCUUUAGGUGAUGCCCAGUGCCAUCGUGAGUGCAAACAACAAGGAAGAACUCAAAAUUAAUGAGCAACCGGAGUGCAGCGUUCAGAUGUUCCACUUUCACGUCCCCUCUCCACCGUAACUCAGCUGAAUGAAGCAGCUCUGCAAGCAGGUGCCACCUGGCAUUGAAACACUGAAUGUGGGGAUUGGAUUUGGGCCGGAAUGAUGUUGGUUUUUUUGUAAUAUUUACAUUAUUCACCCCCCAGAAAGCA